AUGUCUGUGGAGAUUGCUGGACCUUCAAGUUUCAAGGAGUUGGAAAUAGUCGUAACAGAGAGACGAGUUCCCGAGAAUAAAUUAAUUGUGCCUGGUUCUAAAGUUACUUCUAAUCCUGAUUUCAUGAGGGGACAUGGGACAUAUAUGCGUGAUGAUGAUUUAAUAGCAUCAGUAGCUGGUACUCUUGAACAGGUGAAUAAGCUUGUUUCGGUGCGACCAUUGAAGAGCAGAUAUAAUGGAGAAAUCGGUGAUGUGGUAAUUGGACGAAUCACGGAAGUACAACAGAAAAGGUGGAAGGUUGAGACGAAUUCCAGACUAAAUUCCACGUUACUUCUUUCCAGCGUAAACUUGCCGGGUGGUGAGCUGAGGAGAAAAUCAGUAGAAGAUGAACGAAUGAUGCGUGAAUACCUUAAAGAGGGAGAUCUCAUCAGCGCUGAAGUGCAAAAAGUGCACUCGGAUGGACAGUUGUCGUUGCACACGAGAAACUUAAGAUAUGGAAAGCUUUCUCAAGGAACUUUGAUAAAAAUUUCUCCAUAUUUGGUCAAACGAAGAAAAUCACACUUCCACACUUUGCCAUGUGGCGUUUCCGUGAUUUUUGGACGUAAUGGUUAUAUUUGGAUAGCACCUGUAGCAAGUGAGGAACAGAAUUUGACUGGAGGUUAUUCGCAAAAUUUGGAAGAGGUAGUAUCAAUGAAAAUUCGAUCAGUUAUAGCACGUGUGGCAAACUGUGUAAAUAUCCUUGCUAUGCAUCAUAUUCCACUCUACGACACAACGGUGGUGCUUGCUUAUGACGCUUCUCUUAAUUCUGAGAUAAAAGAAAUGUUAAAGCCGGAAUCAGCAGCAAACAUUGCAACAGAAGUUGCGCUGCAGCUGGAAAAAAAUUGCUGA